AUGCGCCCCGGGACGCCGGGGCCACUGUGGCCACUGCCCUGGGGGGCCCUGGCUUGGGCCGUGGGCUUCGUGGGCUCCGUGGGCUCGGGGGACCCCGCGCCCGGGGGUGUCUGCUGGCUCCAGCAGGGCCGAGAGGCCACCUGCAGCCUGGUGCUGAAGACUGACGUCAGCCAAGCGGAGUGUUGUGCCUCCAGCAACAUUGACACCGCUUGGUCCAACUUCACUCACCCGGGGAACAAGAUCAGCCUUCUGGGCUUCCUGGGCCUUGUCCACUGCCUCCCCUGCAAAGAUUCGUGCGAGGGCGUGGAGUGCGGCCCCGGCAAGGCGUGCCGCAUGCAGGGGGGCCGCCCGCGCUGCGAGUGCGCGCCCGACUGCGCGGGGCUCCCGGCGCGCCUGCAGGUCUGCGGCUCCGACGGCGCCACCUACCGCGACGAGUGCGAGCUGCGCGCCGCGCGCUGCCGCGGCCACCCGGACCUGCGCGUCAUGUACCCGGGACGCUGCCGCAAGUCCUGCGCGCACGUCCUGUGCCCGCGGCCGCAGUCGUGCGUGGUGGACCAGACGGGCAGUGCCCACUGCGUGGUGUGCCGCGCGGCGCCCUGCCCCGCGCCCUCCAGCCCCGGCCAGGAGCUCUGCGGCAACAACAACGUCACCUACAUGUCUUCGUGCCACCUCCGCCAGGCCACCUGCUUCCUGGGCCGCUCUAUCGGCGUGCGCCACCCGGGCAGCUGUGCAGGCACCCCUGAGCCGUCAGAUGCAGAGUCGGAGGAGGAGGAGGAGAACUUCGUGUGAGCCUGUGGGGCCGGCUUGGGCCUGGCGUUCAAGGCCUCCCCGUUUUAUUUAUUGCCACAGCCGAAUCUAAUUUAUGUCCCACGGACGCUCCCCAGAGCCUGGACCAGGACCACCUGGGGGGGCCCGGGAGCCCCCUGACAAUAUCUUGGAAGGAUUGUGGGGGAGGAGGCCUGGGAGUGUGGCUGGUGGGUAGGGCUCCCGCCGCAGGUUCCGUGCUGCCCAGGACGACCCCAUGCUGCUUCUGCUCUAGGGGAUAACUUAAUUAUCGCCACCACCGAGAGGGCUGGGAACUCACCCCUGCCGGCAAUUAAUGAAGGAAGCACCCCAGUCUUCCCGACUACAGACUGGGAGUGAGGAAGGGGUCCACGGCCUGGGUGUGUAUAAAUGAGCCUCAGAACCUACCCAGGCCUCAGAUAGGCCAAGGAAGCAGCCACUGUCCCCAACCAGCUCAAGAACUCCAGGGUUUGCCUUCCCUCCUGCCCCCAUUUCCCUAGUACGUCCUGUGGUGGCCCCUUAGAAAAGCCCAGCUUGUCCCCUGGAGUGGGUGAGGGGCUGUCUGUGUCUCCUGACACAGGCCUUGGGCCAGCAUCAGCCCAGAGCGGGGCAUUAUGUCCAGUGGUGCCCAGUGCACUUAGGGCAGGACCCAGUGGGGCACAGGAGCCCCUGCUCACCCACUGGCCCGGGGUGGGGUAUAUGUGCCAGGACCCACUCUACCCUGCCUCCUGGAGCCACGUGUCUGAGCGGCACCCCUAGUUCUGGCUGCCCCAUCCACAGGUGAGGUCCAGACCAAAGCCUCUCAGUCCCGUGAGACUUGCCCUGGCCAAGGCCCUAAGCCCAGUUCCAACUGGACCCUCCUCACCCACCAGCCGGCUCAGGAGUCUUGACACCAGCCAGAUGCUGGCCUUGGGCCAAGUCCCUGCUUUCUCUCUGGGCUGUUGCUUGGUGUCCCUGCCCCGUGUCUGCAUGUGGACCAGAGGGUCAGGCCACACGUGGGUGGCCCAGCAGGCAAGAGUCCAGCUCUGAGUUUGGGGGAGCCGCACAGGAGCGGUUGUGCUCCGCCUCUCCUAGCCCCUCAGAAGUGCCUUACCUGUGACCCUGAGAAGUGCCCUUGAGUAAUGGGUUCACCCGAGCCCCCCGACAAGGCCAUCUCCCCUAGCCUGGGGUCCUGCCUCACCAAAGAAAUAAAGACUCCACUUUGGAGUAUCCAAGCC